CAGAAAAAGGAGGAAGAAAGCCCAGACGUGCCACUUGAAGCCACAGCCUCCACUGACAUCACAUCAUGUCAUAUCAUGCUCCAGUGGAGACGCACGCAGUUCAGAUGGUUUGACUGAGCCUACUUCUGCCUGUGACUUCUGUGAAUCUGACCAUGGAUUUCUCGCAGCCUUUCUCGGUCCUCAAUGAGAAGCUGAGACCUCGAGUCACCAGCAGUGAGCAGCUCUACUCCUCUCUGAGCAGACUGGAAGGUAGACAGCUGGGCUCGCUCAAGAACAAAUAUACUUAUUACCGAGCAACAGUUUUGCCAAAAGAACCAGAACCUGAACCUGAACCAGAACCAAAGGUUACCACAACAGAGCCAGAAGAUCCAGAAGAUCCAGAUGAAGCUGAAAAUGAUGGAGAGAAAGAGGACUUUGAAGGAAAUAGUGCAAAUCUACUGGCUCUCAACAACACAUGCUUCAUUAGUGGAUUGGAUUUAAAAGACAUGGGUGAAGAGGAGCUGGGUGAUGACGAGAGCAACUCACAGACUGAUGAGAAAGACAGUGCAGGUGAGAUGGCCUCAGAGGAAGCAAGAGACUCUGCAGAGUCAGGGGCCAAUGAAAGUACAAACCCCUUCCAGAGGGCCUGCUUAGACGGGACCCUACCAGACCUGCUAAAUAGUGGCAAGCCGCUGAGCAGACGCAGGACGCUGGGACACUACUCAGACACGCUCAAAGAAAUACGGCGAGAAGUGGAGCUGUCCAGGAGAAGAAGUAUCAAACUGAAGGCCCAGGUGGACAAACUACAGGAAAGCAGAGAAGGACAAGGCUGGAGUCAACACAGAGAUAGGGUCACAGAGGAAGUUCUGUCUGUCCUGAGGCUGCUGCACCCGCUGACGGAGCCAGAGUCCAGCCAGUUCGAGCCACCUGAAGAAGACGGCCACCUGGACGCCGCCCUGGCCCAGCUGCAGAACGUGGCUCGCAAACUGGCAAUCAGCCACACCAAACAGGAGUUCAAGCCUGGAGUAAAAUUAGCUGAGGACCACGCAAUUCUGCAGCAGGCGCUGCGGGACAGAGAUGAGGCCAUAGAGAAGAAGAAGGCGAUGGAGGCCGAGCUGCUGCGGAGUAAGACGGAGAUGAUGAUGCUGAACAACAAUCUGCUGGAAGCUGCGCAGAAACGCCUGGAACUGUCGCUGGAGCUCGAGGCCUGGAAGGAGGACUUUCAGCUGCUCCUCCAGCAGCAGAUAAAGAGUCAGCAGCAGGCAGAGCAGGCCCAGAAGAAACCUUCUCGCAUGGGCCUCCUGAGGAGGACAAAGAGACCACCCAUGCAGCGGCCGUCCAACUUCCCUGUGGCCGCAGCCGCCCCUCCCGCAAACAACUCCAACCAAAUCCCCACCUCCAGACCUGCGGCGUCUGCCGCUCCGGCUCCCAGCACGCCCCCUACAAUUGGCAAAAACAACAACUGGAAGGACAAACUCAGGAUGGGCUGGAACGGUCGUCAAGGAGACCAGGACUCAGCGAGGGGAAGAGACGAUGAUGAUGGCUUUCAGGUCGUGUCGCUUGACUGAAACAGCGAUGACUUUAAACACUCAGUUCUGUUGCAAACGUCUAGCUCUUCAAAGUCCCUCUGCAGGCAAAAACACGUCUGCAAAGAACAAUACGGCACAUCCUAUUGCAUGAACCUUUUUGUGCAUCAUGCAUUUUUUCUUUUUUAAGCAUGUCUGCGGAGGAGAUAUUUAAAUAUUCUUGGGAAUGCUUUGAAUGUUGGAUCUAGUGCAAUUUAUGUAUGAAAUACAACUUAUUAUGAAAGAUGUAAUUAUUA